AAACAAAAGGUGAGAUUAAUGCUUAGCAUAGUCUCAUAUAUCUUGAAUUCGUUGUAUAAGCUCACUCUAGGGCACUCACAAUCUGCAUGCAUGGCGAAAGCAACACACAUAGCAGUGAUUCCCAGUGUAGGGUUCAGCCAUUUCGCCCCCAUUAUCAACUUCUCAAAGCUUCUCGUGGACCUUCACCCUCACAUUCACCUAACAUGCAUCAUUCCGAUACUGGGCUCUCUCCCAGAUGCUGCAAAACCCAUUCUCCAAACCCUUCCACCGAGAAUCUCCACCGUUUUUCUUCCACCGGUGAGCCACCGUGACCUUCCUCAGGGGGUUCCCGUGGUGCUGCAGAUCCAGCUCGCCAUGAAUCUCUCCAUGCCCUCCAUCCACCACACGCUGAGCUCCAUCACUUCCAACAACCCUCACGUGGCCAUGGUGGUCGACACCUUCGCAUAUGGGGCACUGGAUUUUGCUCAAGAGUUCAACAUGUUGUCCUACGUUUACUUCCCCUCUGCUGCAACCACUCUCUGCACGCACUUCUACUUGCCCACGCUCCACAAGGAAACGUUCUGCGAGUACAGAGACCUGCCCCACCCCAUCACAGUACCUGGGUGUGUGCCCUUUCAUGGCAGGGAUCUCUAUGCUCAAGCACAGGAUCGAAAGAGCCAGUUCUACAAAAUGUCUCUUAAACGCUACGAAUCCUACCGUUUUCUUGAUGGAAUCUUCAUCAACAGCUUUUUGGAAUUGGAGACAGGUCCGAUCAGAGCAUUCAAAGAUGAGGAAAGGGGUUACCCUCCUCUGUACCCUGUUGGACCAAUUGUUCAAACAGGGACAGCUACAGCUGGUUGUACAACAACGUUGGAGUGCCUGACAUGGUUGGACAAGCAACAAGACGGUUCGGUUUUGUAUGUUUGUUUUGGGAGUGGUGGAACACUCUCACAAGAGCAAACGAACGAGCUGGCACAUGGUUUGGAAUUGAGCAAGCACAAAUUCUUGUGGGUUGUGAGAGCACCAAGCGAUGAGGCCAAUGCAGGUUAUCUCGGUGGAGAAAAAGAUGCAGACCCAUCAGAGUUCUUGCCAAGUGGGUUCUUGGAGAGGACCAAAGAGCAAGGUAUGGUUGUUCCUUCAUGGGCACCCCAGAUUGAAAUCCUGGGCCAUGGUUCAGUUGGAGGGUUUUUGACUCACUGUGGGUGGAAUUCAACGCUGGAGAGUGUGGUGCAUGGUGUGCCACUCAUCACCUGGCCACUGUUUGCGGAGCAGAGAAUGAAUGCUGUUGUGAUGAGUGAGGGUGCGAAAGUGGGAGUGAGGCCACGAGAGAGUGAAAAUGGGUUGGUGGAAAGAGUAGAAAUUGUGAAGGUGAUAAAGUGUUUGAUGGAAGAAGAAGAAGGAAGGGAAAUGAGGAAGAGAAUGAAGGAGUUGAAAGAAGCUGCUGCUAAUGCUCUCAAAGAAGAUGGAGCUUCUACCACUAACCUUUCUCAGGUGGCACACAGGUGGAAAAUGUUGCCACAUGAAAGAACCUGUAAAUUAGCUAUUAGUUUUUGUUGUAGAAAACAAAAGGUGAGAUUAAUGCUUAGCAUAGUCUCAUAUAUCUUGAAUUCGUUGUAUAAGCUCACUCUAGGGCACUCACAAUCUGCAUGCAUGGCGAAAGCAACACACAUAGCAGUGAUUCCCAGUGUAGGGUUCAGCCAUUUCGCCCCCAUUAUCAACUUCUCAAAGCUUCUCGUGGACCUUCACCCUCACAUUCACCUAACAUGCAUCAUUCCGAUACUGGGCUCUCUCCCAGAUGCUGCAAAACCCAUUCUCCAAACCCUUCCACCGAGAAUCUCCACCGUUUUUCUUCCACCGGUGAGCCACCGUGACCUUCCUCAGGGGGUUCCCGUGGUGCUGCAGAUCCAGCUCGCCAUGAAUCUCUCCAUGCCCUCCAUCCACCACACGCUGAGCUCCAUCACUUCCAACAACCCUCACGUGGCCAUGGUGGUCGACACCUUCGCAUAUGGGGCACUGGAUUUUGCUCAAGAGUUCAACAUGUUGUCCUACGUUUACUUCCCCUCUGCUGCAACCACUCUCUGCACGCACUUCUACUUGCCCACGCUCCACAAGGAAACGUUCUGCGAGUACAGAGACCUGCCCCACCCCAUCACAGUACCGGGGUGUGUGCCCUUUCAUGGCAGGGAUCUCUAUGCUCAAGCACAGGAUCGAAAGAGCCAGUUCUACAAAAUGUCUCUUAAACGCUACGAAUCCUACCGUUUUCUUGAUGGAAUCUUCAUCAACAGCUUUUUGGAAUUGGAGACAGGUCCGAUCAGAGCAUUCAAAGAUGAGGAAAGGGGUUACCCUCCUCUGUACCCUGUUGGACCAAUUGUUCAAACAGGGACAGCUACAGCUGGUUGUACAACAACGUUGGAGUGCCUGACAUGGUUGGACAAGCAACAAGACGGUUCGGUUUUGUAUGUUUGUUUUGGGAGUGGUGGAACACUCUCACAAGAGCAAACGAACGAGCUGGCACAUGGUUUGGAAUUGAGCAAGCACAAAUUCUUGUGGGUUGUGAGAGCACCAAGCGAUGAGGCCAAUGCAGGUUAUCUCGGUGGAGAAAAAGAUGCAGACCCAUCAGAGUUCUUGCCAAGUGGGUUCUUGGAGAGGACCAAAGAGCAAGGUAUGGUUGUUCCUUCAUGGGCACCCCAGAUUGAAAUCCUGGGCCAUGGUUCAGUUGGAGGGUUUUUGACUCACUGUGGGUGGAAUUCAACGCUGGAGAGUGUGGUGCAUGGUGUGCCACUCAUCACCUGGCCACUGUUUGCGGAGCAGAGAAUGAAUGCUGUUGUGAUGAGUGAGGGUGCGAAAGUGGGAGUGAGGCCACGAGAGAGUGAAAAUGGGUUGGUGGAAAGAGUAGAAAUUGUGAAGGUGAUAAAGUGUUUGAUGGAAGAAGAAGAAGGAAGGGAAAUGAGGAAGAGAAUGAAGGAGUUGAAAGAAGCUGCUGCUAAUGCUCUCAAAGAAGAUGGAGCUUCUACCACUAACCUUUCUCAGGUGGCACACAGGUGGAAAAUGUUGCCACAUGAAAGAACUUGAGUUUCAUUUCAAUGGUUUGCUCACAAUUUCUGCAUUAUUGAAUAAAUUAAAUAUUGUAAUCUUACUUUUAUUCUAAAUAUCUUAGUUUUCAUAUUUAAAAAUAAUCAUAAUUAAAUACCUAAAUUGGUCUAUGA